UUUUAUCUACUCCUUCCCAAUAGAAUCACACAAAAUUUUAAAUUAUUUUAUUAUUUCACAAAUUUUAUCAUUUUAAUAAUUUUAAAUAUUUUAAAUAUUUUUGAAUUUUAAAAUUUUAAUUUUUAUCGCAAUAAAUAAUUUUUAAAAAUUUUUAACAAAUUUCAAAAUUUUCAACUUUUCACAAAUUUUACCAUUUUAUCCCCCAAAUCCCAAAAUUAACAUCCAAAAUACAUCGGAAAUACAUAAAAAACUGUAAACUCCUAACUCCACUCCUAAAACCCUUUAGAAAUCUGUAAACUCCGUGAAAAAUGGCCCGGAACAGUGAGAAGGCGAAUGCGAUGUUGAAUAAGUGGCUCCGUAUAAAGAGCGGUUUGGAGCAGGAGCAGGUACUCCGGCCCCGUCACACGGCUGAGGUCACCAACUUAAAAGAGGCUGAAAAAUGGCGUAGUGCCACAAUAAAGGAAAUAAUGUUCAACAUUAACAAGAUCCAAGACGGUUCACUGGGCGAGUUUGUGGUCCGUGAUUUGAAUGACGAGAUUAAUCGUCUGAUUGGGAUCCGGAAGCACUGGGAUGACAGGAUCAUAGAACUGGGCGGUACAGACUACCGUAGACUUUCGGCUAAUUUAGAGUCGAGUUACGGAGCUGAAUUGAAAAUUGGUGGGAGUGGUUAUAAAUACUUUGGCGCAGCAAAGAAUUUGCCAGGAGUGAGGGAACUGUUUGAACAGCAGCAGAAAGAAGUUGAACAGAGCUUAAAAGAUGUAUCAAGAGCUGAGUUAUACCGUAUGAUAAGGCCAGACUACUACGGGUUCAAUGAUGAACGAGAUGAAGAAUUGUUACUACAAGAAUAUAACAAAGAACAAGAACUCUUACACAAUAAUUUGGCAAUAGCAGCAGUUUUGAGUGUUUUGAGAGGGUUUUGGAGACUUGAAUCACUGACUCCUAGAGCAUUAGCAAGGGAUUCAGCAGGUUCUCUAAGAGAAGGAUUAGUAGAUACUCCAGUGGCUUUGGAUAGUGCGUCGGCUUUCCCAUGUAGGUCCUUGGCCUUGGACCAAAUCUUAGUAGCAUCAGUACCAUUACCAACUUGACCCUGUCGAUUUUUGGCCUUCUUGACGUUGAGGAUUGUAUCGUAGACUUUCUCAAGAUCUUCAUAGGCACUUACAACAGCC